AUGAAUUCUCGACAAUUUUCUUCUCAGAACUGGUACUUGGACGAUCGAACAGGAUGUUUUGAGAAAUACACACCGGAAUUCGGUGAUGUUAUAGAAAUUAUAAAUGAAAAGAACGACGCGGAUUCAACGAACUCGAGAUAUAUAGUAUCUACUACCGCCGCCACUGAAGAUGACAGUAAACAUCGACAACUAGAAACUAUCGAUCGAGUAGAAGUAGUCUGUGCGGAUUCGCAGUCACGUGUUGUAAAUGAAAAGGACCACGACGAUUUAUUCGAAAAAUCUAUAACUACUCAAGCACGCGAUGCAGUGGCGUUAAAAGACGAAAUUCGUACGAUCAUCGACACAAACGACGAGGUUUUCGACCACGAAAUAAUAAAUGACUUGACCUCGGCUUUUCUAACCAACGGUUUUCUGUUCAAUUUCGAUCGACUAUGCAAUACCACUCAGUCCAAGUCGAUCGAAAAUCUAAUAGUCACACUCGUCGACAAGUUUGACAAUACCAAACACAAUAUAGCAUAUCUUUCGAGUUGUUUGGUGUGUGUAUUCCGCAACAUUGCGAAAAAAUGUUCGUUCCCGGCCGUAGAAAUGAAAUUCAAGUUGACCGUGUUUAUUGACGUUGUGCGAAGAUAUAUAAACCGCAUCGAUAACGAGAUGUGGAAAAGUUGGUUUUUAUGCGACAUGUUUUUGGAUUGGUUUUUCAUCGUGGCCAGCGUCUUUAUUCCGACGGAAAACUUUAUACGAGUAGAAGAGCAAAGCCUAAUCGACAACGCGACCGAGUAUUUUGGAAAGGUUAAGAAUUACCGAUACGUAUAUUUCGGUCACAGUGCGGUUACAAAAAAGCUGCCCAAGCCGACGGACGGUAUUUUCGAACUGACAAAAAGUGAUUUUGGCGUUGUGAAAGUCAUGGAUUUAGAAGAGAGUAAACGUGUUCAAUAUGAACGGCGUCGAAAACAACAUAAAACGCAAAAGAGGAAACACGAAGAAAAUCCCGGAGUCGAAGUAGGAAAAAUAAAAAAACGUCGUAGAAGAAGUGUCAACCAUAGAUCAAUUGCACAUAGAUACUGA